AUGGCUCGUUUUCGGUUGAGGAGUCUACAGAAGAUCUUAGAUGGAAACCCUACUGGCGAAACUGAGCUGAGUGGGAUAGACCGCUCGACCCUAUAUACCUUUGAGAGUCUCUAUGGAACUGUCUAUCUUCCGCUACUACCAGGAGGUUACUUGGGGAAAACCCGGAUAGAAUAUAUCUUGGGUAUGCUGAAUCGAAUAAUAGACACUAUCCCUAACCACCCUCUUGACAUAUGGUGUGAUGAUAGUUUUUACUCGACGAAGAUACCGCCUAAUAUUCGACUGCCAAAACCAAAGGAAGGACGCACUCUCUUCUGGGACACCCGGUCAGCAGAUGACGGCGGCCAGAUCUUGACCUCGAUGGAGGGAACCUGUGCGAAUGGUAAGCUAUACGCGUUUAAUAUAGUAAACCCUAAAGCGAAGCGUGAAACGAUUGUUAUAUGCCCUUCGCCUCUGGGCCAGUACUCCUCUCUCGGUCAAUUUCAGGUGAACAUGCUGUCUGCUCCUGAGAAAUUCGCAAAGGGCGUACACAUAGACAAGUUUAGGUUUUCUCUGGUCUUCACUCUGAUCCAUGAGCUAUCUCAUUCCAUCCUCAUCCUCAGGGAUUUAGCAACGAGUGAUGUCAAGGGACAGGUAGAUAGUUACGGUUGGAAAGAGGCCACCUUUCAUGGUGAUACUAACCACCUGAACGCCCAAGAUAAUGCCGACAACUUUGCGUUCUUUGUUCUUGGUAAUAUUGACCUUCUAUCAACCCCCGUUCUCCUUGAGCUUUACGCUGACUGUCCUGGACAAAGCGAUGUUCCUAAGUAA